UAAUCGUUGAGCGAUGGCCAAUGAGAACCACGGCAGCUCCAGAGAGGACGCUGCUCUAACGAGCCACAUCCCCGGCACCUCCCACCAGAACCAGCCGAGCUCCCCCAAACACGUCUGGCUGGUGCAGGAUCUGCCAGGCGAGCUGGUGCAGGCUGGCUGGGAGAAGUGCUGGAGCAAACGGGAGAGCCGCCCCUACUAUUUCAACCGCUUCACCAACCAGUCGCUGUGGGAGAUGCCGCUCCUGGGACAGCAUGACGUCAUUUCCGAUCCUCUAGGUCUGAACGCAGCGCCGGUGCCUGCAGAAGCGGGGACUGGCGACGCCGCCACUACCGAAGGCAAGUUGCGGAAACGGAAGCUGUCGGAGGAGGUUCAGCCCAGUAGCAACAGUGUGAAGAAGCCCAAGGUUGACGUACCUCCUGCUCAGCCCACUCCCAACUCCUCCAAUACUCCUGGGACCCCUCUUUUGAAGAUGUGGGGGGUCUCUCCAGAUGACAAGCAGCAGGCAGCUCUUUUACGACCAACUGAGGUGUACUGGGACCUGGACAUCCAGACGAAUGCGGUGAUCAAGCAGAGGCCCCCGUCCGAGGUGCUGCCCCCCCACCCGGAAGUGGAACUCCUCCGGUCCCAGCUGAUGCUGAAGCUACGCCAGCAUUACCGGGAGCUUUGCCAGCAGCGGGAAGGGAUUGACCCCCCACGAGAGUCCUUCAACCGUUGGAUGCUGGAGCGGAAGGUGGUGGACAAAGGGACGGACCCCCUGUUGCCGAGCGACUGUGACCCCGUGGUGUCUCCUUCCAUGUUCAGAGAAAUCAUGAAUGACAUUCCGAUCAGGUUGUCCCGAAUUAAGUUCCGGGAGGAAGCCAAGAAGCUGCUCUUCAAAUACGCAGAGGCGGCAGAGAGGCUGAUUGAAUCCAGGAGCGCCUCUCCGGACAGCAGGAAAGUGGUCAAGUGGAACGUGGCGGACACCUUCAGCUGGCUGCGGCGGGACCACUCGGCCUCCAAGGAAGACUACAUGGACCGCCUGGAGCACCUCCGCAAGCAGUGUGGUCCUCACGUGUCUGCUGCCGCCAAGGACUCCGUGGAGGGCAUUUGCAGCAAGAUCUACCACAUCUCGCUGGAGUACGUCAAGCGCAUUCGAGAGAAGCACCUGGCCAUCCUCGAGCACAACAUAUCUGCGGAGGUGGAGACUCCGGAGGCGCAGGAGAGGCUGGUCUACUGCUUCCCGGCAAGACUGGCCGUCCCUUCCCCACCACUGCCGAGCGUGGAGAUGCACGUGGAGAACAACGUGGUUUGCGUGCGUUACAAAGGGGAGAUGGUGAAAAUCAGCCGCAACUACUACAGCAAGUUGUGGCUGCUCUAUCGAUACAGUUGCAUCGACGACCCCAGCUUUGAGCGUUUCCUGCCGAGGGUUUGGUGCCUUCUUCGCAGAUACCAGAUGAUGUUUGGUGUCGGGCUGUACGAAGGGACUGGCCUCCAGCGGGCGCUCCCCAUGCACAUCUUCGAAACCCUCCACAAGCUCUUUGGUGUCAGCUUCGAGUGUUUUGCCUCCCCCCUGAACUGCUACUUCAAGCAGUACUGCUCUGCCUUCCUGGACACAGACGGGUAUUUUGGAUCACGGGGUCCCUGCCUGGACUUCUUCCCCAUCAGCGGCUCAUUCGAGGCCAACCCUCCGUUCUGCGAGGAGCUGAUGGAUGCCAUGGUGUCUCACUUUGAGAAACUUCUGGAGACUUCCAGCGAGCCCCUGUCCUUCAUUGUCUUCAUCCCGGAGUGGCGGGACCCCUCAACACCAUCCCUGAUCCGCAUGGAGCAGAGCAGGUUCAAGCGCCACCAGCUCAUCCUGCCCGCCUUCGACCACGAGUACCGCAGCGGCUCCCAGCACGUGUGCAAAAAGGAGGAGAUGUACUACAAGGCAGUCCACAACACAGCCAUCCUCUUCCUGCAAAACAACCCUGGUUUUGCCAAGUGGGAGCCCACCGCAGAGCGGCUGCAGGAGCUGGUCACAGCCUACAAGCACUCGGGACGGACCCUGGCCGCCUCGUCCGCGUCCUCCUCUGCCCCCGCUCCGGACAGCGACCGAGAGGCAGCGGUUCGGGGGCAGAGCGCCAGCCGCGAGACCACGCCCAAUUAG